UAGAUUAAUCAGCUGGUGUCAGGCCUGUCUCCAGCCUCGGCCGCUGCUUCGCCGCCAUAGUCCUCCUACCUAACACGACCUCUCCGCUCCGAUACCUCCGUUCGACUGUGACAGAAGCCCGCUUCGCCUUUUCUCACCUCUCCCGUCAUUCCCCCCUCCGCAACCCUGCAUACAUACACACACUGGCGCUCACCGUACGCCCCAGCUACAAAGACGGACAGCAAAACGGCUCCCACCUCUUCCGCCGCCCUUCUCCUUUCUAUCCUCGAUCGACUGUUCCAUCCUCCCUAGCGACGGGCUGCUGAACAUAGACGAAGAAUACGUAUCACCACUAAGCGUUUCCGGUACUCAAGCGGUAGAGUGGCGGGUGUUUGGGUUUUCCUGGGCAUUGCAAAGGGACUGGAUCGCACGAUCGGAUCACGGUACUUACCCCUCGGGAGCCGAUAACACCUGACACGAGGCCAUGGGAAACCAAAACUCGAAGGAAGGAGGGGGCUCCAAGAGCUCGGGCGGCGCAUCUUCCGGCGAUCGCGCCGAGAAUCUGCAAUCCUAUCCGUCGUUUGGCAAGUCGGAAACCAAGGAGUCUGCGCGGUCCUUCAAGAACCUUCGAUCGAAAAUACCCGGUGGGAAAUCGGACAGCCCUCGAGCCUCGACCAUCAUUUCGAACGGGGAUGCCUCUGGUGACAAGUCGGACGCGGCGUCGGUGCGAUCCUCGAGGGGCAGCAAGUCGAGAGCAAGCCGGGGUGACUCUGCCGCCUCGACCCCGUCCUCCAGGUCACCGCAAUCCGGAGAAGCCGCGAGCUCGCCGUUCGACGAUUCCCAACCGCCGCCGUCACCUAUCCAAUCCACCUCUAUGAGGACCGGACACAGCGACAUCACUGCCGCUCAGGCUUCCGGCGAAGUUGACCACGUGUCGGACCAGCCGCCUUCCGGAGCUGUUAACCCGAACCCGCACAUACAGCAGCAACCCGGGGCACCCAUCUUGGUCAAGAAGGAGAAUGCCAUCAACCCCAUUAUCUCGGUCCCGGGAACAUCCUCGAAGGACGAUCCGUCCGCCGGCGGAGUGGCGAUGAGCGACAUCAAGGAGAUCGACCUCGACGACUUUAUCAAGCGACUUCUCGAUGCCGCGUACGCCGGCAAGGUAACUAAGAGUGUGUGCCUCAAGAAUGCCGAGAUUGUCGCCAUCUGCCAGAGGGCCCGUGAGUGCUUCUUGUCUCAGCCUGCGCUGCUGGAGCUGGAUGCGCCGGUCAAGAUCGUCGGAGACGUCCACGGCCAGUACACCGACUUGAUUCGCAUGUUCGAGAUGUGCGGCUUCCCGCCCACCGCAAAUUACCUCUUCCUCGGCGACUACGUCGAUCGCGGAAAGCAGUCGCUGGAGACGAUCCUGCUUCUCCUCUGCUACAAGCUCAAGUACCCCGAGAACUUUUUCCUCCUCCGGGGUAACCACGAAUGCGCGAACGUGACAAGGGUCUACGGGUUUUACGAUGAAUGCAAGCGAAGGUGCAAUGUCAAGAUCUGGAAGACGUUUAUCGACUGCUUUAACACGCUGCCUAUCGCCGCCAUCGUGGCCGGCAAGAUUUUCUGCGUCCAUGGAGGGCUCUCUCCGGCGCUCAGCCACAUGGAUGAUAUUCGCAACAUCGCCCGCCCCACCGACGUCCCCGAUUACGGCCUGCUCAAUGACUUACUCUGGUCCGACCCCGCCGAUAUGGAAUCCGACUGGGAGGCCAACGAGAGGGGGGUCAGUUACUGCUUUGGCAAAAAGGUCAUCACCGAUUUCCUUGCCACGCACGAUUUUGAUCUCGUCUGCCGAGCGCACAUGGUUGUCGAAGACGGGUACGAGUUCUUUAACGACAGAGUUUUAGUCACCGUCUUCAGCGCUCCGAAUUAUUGCGGCGAAUUUGACAACUGGGGGGCAGUUAUGUCCGUGUCUUCGGAGCUCUUGUGUAGUUUCGAGCUUCUCAAACCCCUCGACUCGACGGCGCUCAAGAGCCACAUUAAGAAAGGCAGGAACAGACGUAACAAUAUGCUGAACAGCCCGCCCGCCAACGUGCACCCCCAGAGCUUUUAAGUCUUUGAAGGACCGCGCAGGAGAUGAGCCUUACCGAACAACCGUAUGGGCGAUUUCAUGUCGCAUGGAAACGGAUUGAAGGUCCCAAGAGGAUUCGGGGAGGGGCUAGAGAAGAUAUCCUUAUGCCAACAGGCCUUUCUCACGCCUUAAACGGCAUGGCCGCCGUGCCAAGCUACAAGUCCGGUGCGCGAGAGAAGAGUGGGGCUGGGUUUAGCGGCAGGUCCUAACGCCAAAUCGACUUGGCUUGGUCAAAUCUACCUCGAGGCAGACGGUACCACGGGUGUAGGAGGGGAGGUGAGGGCGUAGCCGCCCGAGCGAGCGAGUGGGGAUGACGAAGUAGGCCAGAAACGGCUCUGCUUCAACAGUAGUGGUCACAGCCGAUGGGAUCGCCAGGGGACGUCGGGGAGUAAAAAGGAAGGGG